CGAUGUUAUCGUUGACAGAAUCGGUUUACUUUUAGCUGAACUCAACAAAGAUUCGUCGAGGUAAAUUGAUCAAAGGACAAGCCUAAAGCGGAAAGGAGACGCAAAACUAUCAGGGGGACACGAUCGCGAGGCAAUUCCGCUGAACACAUGUGCGAUCGGCGAAAACAGGCCUGGGCCGCCGUCUUCAUCGGCAACGUGUUGAUCCAUACCGCGGUUAUCGCCAGUCCAAUCUAUGUUCCUCAAUUUCAACCGGGAACAGGCACAGGCAGGAACAUCAGGCACUUGCCCUGCGUGUCACGCAGGAGCGGCGAGACGGGCGUGUGCAUGUUCGCGUUUACCUGCGCGAAGGCUAAUGGCACGCAUCUCGGCACCUGCAUCGAUCGCUUCUACUUCGGUAGUUGCUGCAAAAUCGACGACGAGCCGGACAUCUACCCGCAGGACAACAGCAUCGACGACGGCCCGUCGCCGCCAAGGCCGUCGUUUAUCACAACCCACGGGCCCAUCGAGAGCAACGACAUACCGGAGUACUUCGCAAGGCCGAAGCCGACCGUCGAGAAGAACGGGGCCGGCUCGCAAGCCACGACGACGUCUGUAAGCUCGAGCACGCCGCAAGCUUCGACGAACACAUUGAGGGACACAACGAAGUUUGUGACGAGGAAGCCGACGAUCACGACGAUCGAAACGACCACGCAAACCACUCGGCUCUCGACAUUCCAGACCGUGCAGAGCGCUCCCGAGGGAGCCUCCAGCACGGAGGCCACUUUGUCGAAGAGCACCGUCGGCACUAUCGGCACCGUCAAUAAUAGACCGUCGAGCGUGUCGUCGAGCACAACGAGGAGACCCACGAAACCGUCCACUACGUCCUCCAGCCUACGACCCAGCACGGAGAACACGACGAAACAGAGCGUCACCGCGGCAGCUUCGAAAGCGACCACGAAGAGGCCCAUCCCCACGACCACAGUGCAGAGACCAACGCAUACCUCGCCCAAGCCGAGCUCGCCGACCACCCGCAGGCCCGUCCAAUCGACCACGAAGACCGAGCCAGCCACCACGCAGAAAACGGUAUCCUUGACCAGGUUCCCACCAAGGAACUCGACAUCGCCCCAGCCGCUGACUCAGGCGACCACCAGAAAGCCUGUCAGCACCACCAAGAGGCCACCCGCUAUCGCCACCAAUACUAUCACAACAGUUUUGUUACCAGCGGUAACAAAACGUCCGGUGGCGACCACGAAGAAGCCUACCACGUUAACGAAGAGACCGUCGAGUUCCUCAAAACCCAGCGUGAACUUUAGUCUCGAUACUACUUUGGCAGCGACUACCAGACCUCACACAACUUCCGGAUCACUUAGCGUCGGACCUUCGAGCGCGAGCAUCACGGGAAGUACCUUAACCUUCACUGAAAGCCGACCGUCCGCCGUGGGCACGACGACUGCGAGCACGACCAGUCAGAAGAUUACUGCUACUAAUACUGUUAUCACGACCAAAAGUCCCGACCAGAAGCCGUCCACCACGAGAACGACGACGACUCCGCGAACGACCCCAAAGACGACCACGAAGACGUCGACGAUCAGAACGACUACGACCAGGCCGACUACGACCAGGCCGACUACGACCAGGCCGACUACGAUCAGGACGACUACGACCAGGCCGACUACGACCAGACCAACUACGACCAGACUGACAACGACGGUGAAAACAACGAUUGACAGCAAAACCACCACGCCUAAGCCAUUACCGUUGACCACGGCGUACGUGAAACCCACCAAGAUCACUACCACGACGACGAAGACUACUAAACCUAACGAGUAUGCGAGCACCGCGACGACCACGGAGAGAACGAGGUUGCCGUUACCGUCGACUGUUGGCUCGACAGUCGGCGUUACGAGACCUAAACCCACCACGAUGAAACCCACGAAACCCCUGACGAAGCUCCCGGCGACCACGUCCAGCAUCGCAGAAAUCACCACGGUCGGCUCGAGUUCGCUGUCCACGUUUACCGUUAAAGACGAGACUGCAUCGACAAAUAUACCGCCUACGAAAGGUCAGGAUGUUAAUAACACUCUCGAAGAGAUCCCGUUGACUACCUAUUCACCUGGUUUGGUCACAUGGAGCUCGAAUUCCGAUGAGGUAUCCACGAGGGCGCCCGAGACGUCAACAUCGACAUCUUCGUCGGCGCCUCCGACAACUACGACAACGUCUACGCCGCCAGAGCACACUGAGACCGAUUGGUCGCCGAUAACGACUCUCGAUGACUGGAUAAUGAUUCAGUUGCCUACCGAAAAGUUACCGCAAACUCCAGAGUCGACGACCGAACCGGUUACGGAACCCACUAUGCAGUCUUUGACUUCUGCCAAGCCGAUAACGGAGAGCACCACGAUUUCCGAUUACGUCACGAAGAAGCCAAUGACGCUAACCACUUUGUCAACCAUCGCCAGCGUUACGAUCAACACGGAGCUUCCAAUAACGAAAGAGACUUUCAAUAUGUCAAACUACAAAGAAGCAGUGUGCGGCCGAAGACUUUUCCCGGAAUCUAGAAUCGUCGGCGGUAGCCAGAGCUCUUUCGGAAAAUGGCCUUGGCAGAUCUCGUUACGUCAAUGGCGUCAAUCCACCUAUCUGCACAAAUGCGGCGCGGCAUUGUUAAACCAGAACUGGGCUAUCACCGCGGCGCACUGCGUCGACAGCGUGCCACCUAGUGAACUACUGCUAAGAAUCGGCGAAUAUGAUCUCGCAAAGGAAGAGGAACCGUAUGGCUAUCAGGAGAGAAGAGUGCAGAUCGUCGCGAGUCAUCCGCAAUUCGACUCGCGAACCUUCGAAUACGAUCUCGCCCUGUUAAGAUUCCCCGAGCCCAUUUUGCCGUUCCAGCCGAACAUAUUGCCGAUCUGCUUGCCCGACGACGACGAGACCUACGUCGGUCGUACCGCCUAUGUUACCGGCUGGGGCAGACUUCACGACGAUGGACCACUGCCAUCCAUAUUGCAAGAAGUCGCGGUGCCAGUCGUUAACAAUACCGUGUGCGAGGAUAUGUAUAGAACCGCAGGUUACGUCGAGCACAUACCGCAUAUUUUCAUCUGCGCGGGUUGGAGAAACGGCGGAUAUGAUUCCUGCGAGGGCGACAGCGGCGGCCCGAUGGUCAUCCAAAGAGCGCGGGAUAAACGGUGGAUUCUCGCCGGAAUCAUUAGCUGGGGCAUCGGUUGCGCCGUGCCCAAUCAGCCCGGCGUUUACACGCGCAUCUCGGAGUUUCGCGAAUGGAUCAAUCAGAUCCUGCAGUUCUGAGAUAUUGCGGCCUACGCGGCCGCGGAGGCUUGAAAUUCGCGCUCCCACGACGCGCCGACUCCGGACGCUCGUGGCGACCAUCGUGAGCAGGGCGGAUGGCACCAUCUAACGGAGCAGUGAACCGAGUGCAACCUGGUGGAAAAUUGAGGGACCCCGGCGCGAGGAUCCGCCAUGGAUCCUGUGUGUGUGCGCGUUGCAAACUCGGACGACGUGUGGAGCCACCGAUUCGACUUUCGCGAGUGAGCCGCGCGCGAUCACGAUGAGACCGACGAUUCUUCCUUUUCUUUUCUCUUUCUUGGUGCGACGAUUCGGUAAAGGGACGAUGACACGACACCGUUUCAUCCCGACACCAGGGAGAAACGUCCCGGAUAGGUGAUGAACGGACAUCGUGACGGAAGAUGGACAAAGAAACGCGUAUCGGCGAUGAACAGCUCACGAGAGGGAAUCUGUCGACCUCCUUCGGCCCAAUGGAGGAUAUCUCAUUAGCUGGGAUCGCGAUGUUAAAUGUUUUCUUUUUCUAAUUGUGCAAUUUAAGUUCCCCUCGUAUGAAUAAUCGGACAUCCUUCCCUAGAGGCAUUCUUUAAUCCCGUCCUCUUCUCUUAUCGAGCACGCGUUGGUCGUUUCUAUCUCAUAUGUUCAUCUUGCUCAAAGUCUGACACUUGACGAGCGCAUGUAAGAGAGCACGCGGUUCAAUCAAUGAAUUUGUAUAUUAGACGAAUUUAUCAUUUUACUCAUCGCCACGAGAUAACCGUUGUACGAAGUAACGAAAAUAUUAACCCGUUCGUAUCAACCCAAUUCGUAUCGAAUUGUAAUUCGAUAAUUUGCAAAUAUUGUUAUCGAGAUUGGGUUGAAGUUAAAUUAAAAUAAUGCAAGCUAAAAUGUAUGCGACAUAUGUACAAUAAGACACCCCAUGUAGCACAAAUGUCCAAAAUACAUUUCAGAGAUGUACCAGCCCAGACAGCAUAAGAUCUCCUGAGGACGUCCUGAGGACGAAGAAAAGUCCUGAAGAUUUCCUCAGGAUGUAUUCUGGAUGUCCCCUGGACAUUUGUUAGGGAGGAAUGUGCGAUAUUUCUGGGACAUCUCUAGCAUGUAUUUUGGAUAUUUAUGAACUUAAUUCGACCUAAAUUGGAAUUGGCGCCCGAAUAACUGCAAUUUGAUUGAUAUUUUGUAUAUUUUCCUGUCUGUAGUUUUAAGCGAGCGAUCGUGUAGUUACUGUGAUUCAGAGUACACGUAUUUUUUCUAAAAAAUAUACGUAUCUGUAUCAAUAAAAAUAACAGGACAGUUUUCCGUAUCAUCGAGCGUGCGCUCAAAAAGAGUACAACACCGUCAUACAGUUUAGUAAACUUAUUCAACGUAGCCAAACAAAUAUUUAUUUGCAGCGAAAACCUCAGUGCUCCUAAAUGCGACAGUGACUCGUAAAACUUCGUAUUGACGGAACAAAGUUCUGUCCGCAAACGCACCAAUAAUAAAAUCUAGUGCGUGCGUGUGUAUGUGUGUGUGUGUGUGUAUGUGUGUGUGCGCGUGCUUUGUGUCGUGCUUUACGUGUGUCAGCUUUCUAUCGUAUUUUUUGAAUAUCGAGAAAGCGUAACAUUCACGUUUUUUUACGACAACCCUUUUUUAUGCAAAAGUAUCUCGACUCUUGUCCAUUUAUUUAUUAAGUGCCGGAAUAUAAAAGCGCCAGCGCCAGACGCGCCGAACAUGACAAACUAAGCUUUCCGCGGCGACGCAAAGGAAAAUGGAGGGGGAAGGAAAUCAAUCGCGAAUUUGCCCGGCUACACGAGAUUUGCACCAACAGUUUUCGAACGCUCGUUUUAAACCACGCAAUAUGCAAUAUUGUUUGUUAUCAAGCUCGUUUGCGAAAUGUAAGGCGAAAAUGGUCCCAAAUGCUCAAGAUCUAAUCCUUCUUAUUGUUUUGGUCUUUAAAUAUGAAUAUUUGAGCUCUCACAAUAGAAUACAUGCAUACUAAACGAGAAAAUAUAAAAAUACUUAUUCUUGAUGGGUGCUGACAACAUAUUUACUUAAAAAUCCAAAUUCCUUUAAAUAAAAUAAACAAUUGCUUUCAUAAGAAGAUAAAGUUUUAGGAAAAUAUAUAUUUUCUUAUAUUUAAGAAAUAUUUUAUAUUAGAAUAAAUAAAUACGUUAUUAGUACCCAUCGCGUGAAUAAAAAUAAUUUUUGUUUAAUAUUUUUUCUCUUAGAGUAUCUUAGUCAAUAUACGUAUGAUAUAUGUAUAUACAGAACAGUUAAUAUCACACCUGUUGUGUGCAGAUAGAACUCAUCGAAGUGAGCAUAAAAUUCCUCUACCAUAUCGCAAACAACUACGUGCAAUUUUGAGUUAUUCGUUAAAGAAGAUUGGUGAAUGAUGAUCAUACGCAAUAUGAUAGAUGAACUGUGAUGGCGAUGUUUAUCGUCGUGUGUUUGCAUAUUAGGUCAAACUGAACAAAACGGAAAGAAAUUUAUAGUAAAACUUAUCAUAGAACUUUGUAACCGAGGAAUAGAUCGAUAUUCUACAGUAAUUAUCCUUUUAUUUCAUGUGUGCUAUUUAUAUUUUAGAAACUGAAAUAUAUUAUUAAAACAG